AUGUGCGAUGGAUGUGGCUGCAACCGCCCUGCGAAGAUCACGGCCACUGUUGGGACAUGUCUCGUGCCAAUGGGGAUCGCUCUGUACAUCACCAGCUGUUGGGGCUGGAGCGAAUAUCAGUCCUCGGCGAUGGAAAAAGAGUUAAGGGUUGUUGUGGAAGGAAAGAGGAACUUUACUUUACCGGUCAGCGCUGACAUGGGUGGUGAAUUCGCAUUCUACUCAGAUGACGCAGCAGACGGCCGUGUGAUUGUUAGUCUAGCAGAUUGUCAGGCCCGGGCUCAGUCCAUUCACGUCCGUCAGACCUCUUCCGGACUUCUUUUUCCUUUGACUUCAUACUGCCUCUCGAGCGAGCCGGCACCCAGCAUUGACUGGAAAGGCCAGCGGCUCAUUUAUGCGGGCACUCUCGUUUCCGGAGAGGAGACUCCUGGAGACUUUCAGGUAAGUGCCCCAAACCCAGUCUGGGUGAGAGCACUCCACCGCACCCUUCCGGCCUUUGACAUCGUGGAGGAGCAGAAGAUCAUGGUUCUCGGGUUUUGCGGUAAUGUUCUUGGCAUCGGAGGUACCAUCACACUCUUCGUCAGCUUGUGUCUCAUGUGCUGUUGCCACCCACCAAAGCCAGUAGACGCACGGGAGAUCUUGCUGGCGUUGCAUCAAGCUCAACCGGCACAGACUCAGACGGUGCAGGCUCCAGUUGCCGUCGCGACACCUUUCCUGGCUGAACCGGUGAACCCUUGA